GACUUGACGUCGCUGAGCAACGGAAGAGUGGGCAGGAUUUGCUCUGAACGCUCUUGCGCGCUACCGCCCAGACGGAAGCGGAAGUGCCGGUGGCGCGCGAGUAGGAAGUGGUGAGUUCGGAGUAGAGAUGGCCGCGCUUGCACCGCUGCCCCCGCUCCCCGCACAGUUCAAGAGCAUACAGCAUCAUCUGAGGACGGCUCAGGAGCAUGACAAGCGAGACCCUGUGGUGGCUUAUUACUGUCGUUUAUACGCAAUGCAGACUGGAAUGAAGAUCGAUAGUAAAACUCCUGAAUGUCGCAAAUUUUUAUCAAAGUUAAUGGAUCAGUUAGAAGCUCUAAAGAAGCAGUUGGGUGAUAAUGAAGCUAUUACUCAAGAAAUAGUGGGUUGUGCCCAUUUGGAGAAUUAUGCUUUGAAAAUGUUUUUGUAUGCAGACAAUGAAGAUCGUGCUGGACGAUUUCACAAAAACAUGAUCAAGUCCUUCUAUACUGCAAGUCUUUUGAUAGAUGUCAUAACAGUAUUUGGAGAACUCACUGAUGAAAAUGUGAAACACAGGAAGUACGCCAGAUGGAAGGCAACAUACAUCCAUAAUUGUUUGAAGAAUGGGGAGACUCCUCAAGCAGGCCCUGUUGGAAUUGAAGAAGAUAAUGAUAUUGAAGAAAAUGAAGAUGCUGGAGCAGCCUCUCUGCCCACUCAGCCAACUCAGCCAUCAUCAUCUUCAGCUUAUGACCCAAGCAACAUGCCAUCAGGCAACUAUACUGGAAUACAGAUUCCUCCGGGUGCACACGCUCCAGCUAAUACACCAGCAGAAGUGCCUCACAGCACAGGUGUAGCAAGUAAUACUAUCCAACCUACUCCACAGACUAUACCUGCCAUUGAUCCCGCACUUUUCAAUACAAUUUCCCAGGGGGAUGUUCGUCUAACCCCAGAAGACUUUGCUAGAGCUCAGAAGUACUGCAAAUAUGCUGGCAGUGCUUUGCAGUAUGAAGAUGUAAACACUGCUGUCCAGAAUCUACAAAAGGCUCUCAAGUUACUGACGACAGGCAGAGAAUGAAGCCUUUGUAUGACAGACCCAUGUAUUUUUGGCAUGAGGAACUAACAGUCCAUUACUCUAUCUUCAGCCUAUCAGGAUCACAGUUUUAAGGAAGACUUGGUUUCGUUGAAUAUGACAAUGAAAUCUGUGUGUAUCAGAUUUUUAUUGAAGCAUUCAUCAGCAGCCUCAACCAGUUUUCAUUGUCCAUUUACUAGAUUCAAUCGUCUCUGAGUAUAUAGGGCUGAUGUUAGCAAGACCCUAAAAAUGUCCAUUGAACCCUGCUUCAAAAAAUGAAAACACACCUCUAUAAAAUGUGUACUGGGAAUAAGCUUUGUAUUUACAUACAUUAGGGGAAUUUUUUAAAAUCUGUAAUGUUUGGACAAACAGAUGAUAUUACUUUGCUAUAAAAUUAUAAAUGUAACUUUUAAUAAAGAUAGCCAGAAUAUUCUAAAUUAGAAAUUACGUUUUUGUUUCCCUCAAGACACAAAACAAAUAUGAACAUUCUAAACUGCUGGAUGAAUCUGAAAAGACAUUAAAUUCAAAUUUUAAUUUAUUCUCAUGUUAAAUAUAACUCCAUUAAAAGUUUAAAAUUUCAUGGGAGAAAAUAUAAUAAGGUAAAGAGGUAGAAUCACUUUCAGACUUAAGAAUAAUGUUGAUUUCCCAACUGCUUUACCUUAUCUAUUAAAGCGUAAGAUGAAUUGGUAUUUGCUUCAUAGGCAGUUUGACUGCAUGUACUAGAGAAUGAAAAGAAGAUAUUUGUAGUAAUGCCUGGAAACUUGGUGCUUUAAAUUAAGGUACUCCUCUGCUGCUGUAGAAUGGAUUCCACACAGUGGAUAGCUAUGGAUGAUUCAGAAUAUUAUGUUUAGAUUCCCGUUUGUUAAGUUUAUAAGUUUUGUGGGGAAUUAUGAACUUACUGUGUACCACCUGCAUUUGUGCUGUGUGAAAAAUAAAUACAAGGAUUCGUUUAGCUAAUUCAACUUAUUACAAAGACAAAUGUCUUUUUAUUUGCCUGCUAGGAUUGUCUUUUUUAAAAGUCAUUUUUAUUUAUAGGAAUAUGGGUGUUUCUAUAGGAAGAAACAGCUUUUUUGUUUUUUGUUUUUUAAGAUAAAUUUGACAAAGUUAACUGAAAUUUAUCUGGUCCAUUUUAUUCAUGCUACUAAGAUGGGAAUCUUUAAACACAAGGGUCAGCAAGCUUUGGCCCAUGGAUUGGCCACCUGUUACGUAAAUAAAGUUUCUUUGAAACAAGCCUAUACUCAUUCAUUUAUGUUUUGUCUGUGGUUGCUUUCCACAACUGCAGAGUUGUAUGGCUUGCAAGUCUAAAAACAUUUACUAUUUGGCCCUCUAAGAAAAAGUUAAGACACCUAGUCUAAUGGCCUUUUGGGAAAAAACAAAUCACUAACUCAUAAUCAUAUAUUUAUAUCCAUUAUUUUCUGCAUAAAUGUAAUGCUAUUGUACAGGGUUUGGUAGAAUAAAUAUUCAGACUGACUAAACUGUUCUAAGUUCUCGCAAAAAAGUCCCCAAACAACAUGCCUCCUAAAAAACAUUUUCCUGUCUUUUACAAGAGGUAUGAACAUUUGUAGGGUUCCACAUUUGCAUCUAGAAAUCCAGUGCUCUUUAGAUGUUAUUACAAUAGAAUGAUGGCCAGGAUGACCUUUAGUGUUACACGAUUUUCAGCAAAUUUUAAUUCAAACCUUGAUAUGCCUGGACACUGAAAAGUAAACCCAUCACCUCCUAUUUUAUACCCUACCUUUUGGUUCCCAAUUGGAAGAGCACAUAGAGGGAAGGAGACAAUAUAGAAACUACGGAGUCCGCUGGUAGUGGGCUGCAUGGUGUGACAGAGCCCUUCUCUGUAAAAUGGAAAUGACACCACUAGCCAUCUCAAUAGUUACAAGAAUUAAAAGAGAUACAGUACCUGAAGUGCUUAGCGCAUGGUAGCAUUUCAUAAAUGUUUAGUGUCAAUACUAAUGCUCUAAUAAUGUAAAUUGUUAAUAAUUUAUUUCCCUAAUAUCAGGAAAUCCCAGUUGUCUAUGUGGCCCAGUGCUUAAAAACGCCUUCUUGCAUGAGGGGAUUGAACUAUACAAUGUUUGUUAACUUUGUAUUUGUAUUUUUUCCUAUAAAUCUUAAAAUAAAAUUAGGAGAUGUGUUCUGAUGUAACAGUAGGAUUAGCAAUUUUCAUUUAUUCCUUCCAUAUAUAUUUACUGAAUGGCUACUAUAUGCCUGGUAUUGUUCUUUGCAAGCAGAAACAGCAGGAAAAAAAGUCCCUCCCUCAUAGAGUUUACAUUCUAAAAGGGAGGAAAUAGAUAAUAAAAUAUACUUUACAUUUAA